CUGGCUGUAGGCGGCUGGAGGCCCGCGGCGGGCGACUAGGUAACUGAGGUCCUGCGACCCCGGGCCCGCGUGGCGGCGGCGGAGGGGGCUGGGCCGGGGCUCCGGUGUCCGCGCGCGGCCCUGCAGGGUCCCUGCUGCACGCGCAGAGCCGAAGCCAGAGCGCGGCCCGAGGCCGGCGGGGCUCCUUCCGGGGCCGCGGCCCGGCUGCGCGCGUUCGGGCCGGAAGUUAGUGCGGGCAGCGCGGCGGCCGGGAGCGGGGCGGCCGAGCGGGGUCUGAGCGGGGUCCGAGCCGGGGUCUGAGCUCCGGGCCGCCGCGCUGGGACGUGACCGCCGCCGCCUGGGCCCAAGCACGGGGUUCUGAACGCGUCUGGCACACCAUGUUCUCGGAGCAGGCUGCCCAGAGGGCCCACACUCUCCUCUCCCCACCGUCCGCCAGCAAUGCCACCUUUGCCCGUGUGCCUGUGUCCUCAUACACCAACUCCUCCCAGCCCUUCAGGCUCGGGGAGCGCAGCUUUAGCCGGCAGUACGCCCACAUUUAUGCCACCCGCCUCCUCCAAAUGAGGCCCUUCCUGGUGAGCCGCGCCAGGCAGCGUUGGGGUGAUGGAGUCCAGGUAAAGAAGCUGUGUGAGCUGCAGCCGGGGGAGAAGUGCUGUGUGGUGGGGACCCUCUUCAAGGCCAUGCCGCUCCAGCCUUCCAUCCUCCGCGAGAUCAGCGAAGAGCACAACCUGCUCCCUCAGCCUCCUCGGAGCAAGUACAUCCACCCCGACGACGAGCUGGUCUUGGAAGACGAGUUGCAGCGCAUCAGACUGGAAGGCAACGUCGACGCGUCAAGGCUGGUCACAGGGACAGUGCUGGCUGUGCUCGGCUCCGCGAGAGACAGUGGCAAGUUCGUGGUAGAGGACCACUGCUUUGCAGAGCUCGCCCCUCAGAAGCCCGCACCCCCCCUUGACACAGACAGGUUUGUGCUGCUGGUGUCUGGUCUGGGCCUGGGUGGAGGCGGGGGCGAGAGCCUGCUGGGCACCCAGCUGCUGGUGGACGUGGUGACAGGGCAGCUGGGGGACGAGGGGGAGCAAUGCAGCGCCGCCCACGUGUCCCGGGUCAUCCUCGCCGGGAACCUGCUGAGCCACAACACCCAGAGCAGAGAUUCCAUCAACAAGGCCAAAUACUUAACCAAGAAGACUCAGGCAGCCAGCGUGGAGGCGGUCAGAAUGCUGGACGAGAUCCUGCUGCAGCUGAGCGCGUCGGUGCCCGUGGAUGUGAUGCCCGGUGAAUUCGACCCGACCAACUACACGCUGCCCCAGCAACCCCUGCACCCCUGCAUGUUCCCGCUGGCCACCGCCUACGCCACGCUCCAGCUGGUCACUAACCCCUACCAGGCCACCAUCGAGGGAGUCAGAUUCCUGGGGACAUCAGGACAAAAUGUGAGUGACAUUUUCCGGUACAGCAGCAUGGAGGAUCACUUAGAGAUCCUGGAGUGGACCCUGCGUGUCCGUCACAUCAGCCCCACAGCCCCAGACACACUAGGUAACGGGACUCAGCCACGUGAGGUGGGGCCAGAGGGCCCAGGGAGCCCUGUUCGGGGGCCUUGAUGUCCAGAGGGUUCACAGCCUGGAAAAGCUUGACGCUAGUUCUGGAACCUCCCCUGGAAUCUUUGGGCUGUCCACCGUCAAGGUGCUGUGUAGGGCCAAAGACCCUGGGAAGCAUAUUGGGAGCUCUGGGUAGAGCCUGGCGCCCUACCACAGUGGCCACCCGGCAGGGCACGCUGACCUGACCCCAGGGCCAUGGGGCUGUGGCACAGUGAGCAGGGCUGCUACCAGCACAGCCCGAGCGAGUAUGAGGGGCCGGGGUGGGGCGCCGCCCCCUGACCGGACACCGUGCAGAGCUGAGAAGCUCCAGCCGCUGUG